AUGGUCACGUUCUUAUUCGUGUUCUUCCAGUUUUCGAGCGUCUCUGUUAGAGCUCAGAGCACAUCAACGGAGACAACAACAGAGUUCGUUUUCCGAGGUUUUAAGGAUUACAAAUCGGAGAUUCAAACAGAAGGAGCUUCAACCAUAGAACCCAAUGGAAUAUUGAGACUCACUGAUCAAAAGUUAAACGUCACCGGAACAGCCUUCUACAACAAACCAGUAAGGCUGCUUGACCAUAAAAAUCUCACUACCAAAGCCGUUCGUUCUUUCAGCACUUCUUUUGUCUUCUCCAUAAUCCAUUCCGGCCCGAGCAACGGAGGUUACGGCUUUACCUUCACACUUUCUCCCACCCCCUACCGUCUAGGCGCCGAAUCCGAACAAUAUUUCGGACUUCUCAACCGAACGAACGACGGGGAUCCAAACAAUCAUGUCUUCGCCGUUGAAUUCGACACUGUACAAGGAUUCCAUGACGGUGCUUAUAGUCCAGGCAAUCACAUCGGUCUGGAUUUUAAUAGUGUCCGCUCGGAUUUUCAGGAACCGGUUGUGUAUUACGAGUUCAACGACCGAAAAGAGGAUUUCCACCUUGGGAGCGGUGAGCCGAUCCGAGUCAUUCUGGAUUACGAUGGUCCUAGCCAAUUGUUGUAUUUGACCAUUUACCCGGAGUGCUCACUACGUGAUGGGUUGGAGUUUUUUCAGCGAUGGAGACCCUCUAGUUGCAGCCCGGCUCGCACUCUCGGAUCUUCCUCUUCCACAGCUCAAGAAAGGUGUAUGCAUACAAGGAGCAGCAAGAAAACUGAUCUACGCAUACUAGGGAACAAGGAAUUAGCACAGCUCGAACGCGAGAACCGGAAAGCGAAAGCACAGACCAAUUCUAUGGCUGACGGAGAGAACACAGGGGUUAAUCCACCCAACCCUCAGCUUGGUAUCGUCCAACAACAGCAGAGGCAGAACCAGCAAGAGCAUGUUGUGCCAAACCCACCAGCGAGACCAGCCACCUUGAGGGAUGAAGAUGCCCAGAACAGGCUGUUUGCGAAUCGAUCAGCGAUUCAACCUCCCGCUCCUGCUAGGCAAGACUAUGAGAUUAAGCAUAGUCUAAUCAAUCUGGUUCAGAACCGCGUUUUCCACGGGUUGCCAUCGGAGAGCCCUCUUGAUCACAUUGAAGCUUUCGAAAGACUGACCAGUACGACGAGGUCCAAUGGUGUACCAUACGACUAUCUGAUGCUGACUCUGUUCCAGUUUUCCUUGGCGGAUAAAGCACUUAGGUGGCUGAACCUUUUAGAUGCUGGAUCACUCACCACUUGGGCGCAAUGUAGAGCAGCCUUCCUGAAUCACUUCUACACCAAGUCACGAUCAGCCAAACUGCGAAGCAAGAUCACUACAUUCUCGCAAGGAGGCAUGGAGUCGUUCUGUGAAGCAUGGGAAAGGUUCAAGGAGUAUCUCCGAGACUGUCCCCAUCAUGGAUACACACAAGAGAAUUUAAUGAACAUCUUCUAUGGGGGAAUUGAACAGAAGUACCAGAUGGCUUUAGAUACGGCCAGCAAGGGAGAUUUCUCUACCAACACUGCAAACGAAGCCAAUGCACUGAUAGAAAACCUCGCAGCCAGCAACAGCAAUCACGGCACAGACUAUGACCGUACAGUUAGGGUAAAUUCUGUCGAUACUGAUGCCAUUAAAGACCUCACAGCGAAGGUAAAUCUCCUACUGAAAAGGGAUCACCAAGGUGUUAACUCGUGUGAGGAACAAACUGGGGGGUAUGCAGACUUCGGAGCUGAGACAUACCAAGAAUGUGCGGAGGAGGUGAACUAUAUAGGAGGACAAGGAAACUUCCAAAAUCGAGGUUUUAACCAAAAUUUUAGGAACCACCCUAAUCUGUCCUACAGGAGCAAUAAUGUCGAGAAUCCUCAGGAUCAGGUCUACCCACCGCGUCCUCAGCAGAGCAACGUUGCACAGGGCUUCCAGAACAAGGGGACAGGAUUUGGAGGGUCGAAUUUCCAACAAAAACCUCAAGUCAACAACUUCGCGCAAGGGUAUCAACCAGUCGCACCGCAGGCAGCAGUCUCGCAGGAGAGCAAACUGGAACAAAUGAUGCAUGCUCUGAUGGAGAACCAGAAGAAAAACGCUACUGACGUGACUGGCAAGAUGGACAGUAUGUACUUUGAGCUAAAUGGGAGGAUCGAGUCCUUGAAUUCUCACAUGAGAGUGUUGGAGAAUCAGGUGGCACAGUCCGCAGCAAGGGUCAAGGCGCCUCCAGGGACACUUCCAGUGAAGAACGAGGCUAAUCCGAAGGAAUAUGUAAAUGUCAUCACCCUUCGAAGCGGAAAAGAGCUUCCUGAACCGCAACGGAGAGCAGGGAAUGACCGAUCCAAUGUCGGGACCAGCCGAUCCGAAAUUCGAAAUCAAGAAAACAACCCUGACACCGUUCUCAACAACACCCCCGAAGAUGCUGCGAUACAAGAUUCAACGAUUACCGAAAAAAGAGCAACCCAGCAUAUCCCAACAACCCUAUGCACCCAGGCUACCUUUCCCUACUCGCCGCAAGUCAAAAAUUCAGGAGCGAGAAUAUGAGAAGCUGAAAUCAGUGGUAGGAGAGCUUCAGGUUAGACUCCCUUUCAUCGAAGCAGUAAGGAUGGUUCC